CCCUCGCGCUUAAAAAAACGAACCCGAACCUGAUGACGUCGAACAGGAACAAGAGGUUGGGGGGGGCUGACUCAGUGAAGAAAAGAAAUGGCGAUGCUUGGAGGGUUUAGUGCAGCACAGCACAAGAAAAACGUCUCUGACGGGAGCAACGACGUGUCAGAAUUCGUCUGUCCAGUUUGUCUCGAAAUCUUCGAGAGUCCAGUAAAAACAGAAUGCGGCCAUACGUUCUGCCAGAGUUGUUUGCAGGAGUGCUUGCGUCCACAGAAACCCGUUUGUGCUGUAUGUCGGGCAGGGCUGGGCCACUGGACUAGGGCUGCUGAGCUUGAGGGCAUCAUUAAAUCAUCCGUGGCUGCUUGCAAGGGAUGUGGAGCACAGGUUGGCCUUUCUCAGAUGAGAAGCCACACAGCUGCCUGCUCAAAAUACCAGGAGUACAUUGAGGAGGGAGUGAGAACCACCGCCCAGAGUCAGGCUGCCAUCAUCAGUCCAGUACCAAAUCGCUUCACAUUCACCUGUCCAUACUGCAACUGCCAGAACCUUGCUCAGGAUGGCCUGGUCGAACAUUGCACUUCGCAGCAUGCUCGUGAUACAAGACAAGUGGUGUGUCCCAUCUGUGCCUCAAUGCCCUGGGGAGACCCCAACUACAGGAGUGCUGACUUUUUCCAGCACCUGAAGAUCAGACACACAUUCUCCUAUGAUACUUUUGUUGAUUACUCCACAGAUGAGCACACAAUGAUCCAGGAGGCUCUACAGCGCUCCCUUUCGGACAACUGAAGUGUGAAGAACAAUGCACCAGAGGAGGAAUCCAGUGAAGGGAAGAUGGUGAUGUGAAGUCUUUAGAAGACAUAACAACACACUGUAACAUCAUUCAUCUAUCACGAUGAUGGUGGUACUGUAUUACUAUGAGUAAUCAGUUCCACAGGUAAAUUGGUAUGUUAUUAUGGAUCUUUAGGUUUAUUAUUCAGAAAAUAAAUCCUGCAAUAUGGUUAAAAAAACAUAUUGUACUGUAUGAUUUAGGAGUGAUAAUGUGUUUCUGGUGUGAUAAACUCUUAUCUUACCCCCCAGUUGAGUCUGUAGACUUAAUAGUUUGUUGAAUAUAUCUACUAAACUAUGUUUGUUAAAGCUGUUUGUUCAUUGAUGACAAAGUGUCAUAUAGCCAAAAACUUCCAAAGUUGUAAUAAAAUGUCCCUGUUGUCAAUACUUGAUGUUAUAAGAGGGUUUGACCACUAGGUGGCUAACUAUUGCCAGCAAAUAUAGAUUUCACUCAGUGAGGUGGUUGAGUAAUGUUAUCAAUAAUAUAUAAUAAUCUACUCGAGUGACACUGCAUGUUUACUCUUAAAAGUGGAGGGGGGUGUUAUUUUUGAGUUCAUUAGCAGAUGGAGGCCCUGUCUUUUUUAUGCUGUUUCUGGCUGAAGUGUGUGUUUGUGCGAGAGAGUGUACGUUCAUCCUGUGUUCAGAGAUCUACUGGAAAUAAUAAAUAAUAUGAGGGUCAAACAAAGCCAGAGGUUGGCUGUUUGCUUUAUUGUAAUGUUUCUCCCUUAUGUCUUUGUGCCUGCUGGUAGAUCUUGUUUCUGACUUCCAAAACUCAUAGGGCUAAUAGUUCAUCCGGUGAACCAAAAGAUGUAAGUAGGAGACCUUCAGUGUGUGAUAAUCAUUUAGUUCUGUGAUUUUCAUUUGGGUGACAAUUUAUUUGCAUGUUAAUAGCCAUAGGGGGGCAGUAGAGUUCUAUCGUUCUCUGGCCAUCCAUGACAGCCACUGGCCCUCACCAGCCUCGUGGUUCUGUUGCAAGACAUAAUUCAACACAGAUUUAAUUCUAUAAAUGUGCUUUUCUCAAUGUUUUGCUCUGUUUUGAUGCACUGAUCUUUAGACAAUUUAGUGGGGAUAUUUGUUAUAGUUUUAACUACCCCUAACUUUGCUUUUAGACAGUUAAUGAUGGGACAUGUAACUUACUGUGUUUUUUUUCCAUGCCCAGAGUCAUCACAAAAAAACUUCACUGGAUUUCGUAGUUCUAAAAAUCCCUGGCAACAGCUCUGGGGGGGGGGAAGAAAAGAAAAUCAACAUGGUUAUUAUUUGUAUGCCUCUAAAAUUAACAGCAGGUGAAGUGAAAAGAAAAUUUAGUUUGGAUGUUUUUCAUUUUAAUUCUUAAAAUGUGCAUUGUGUCUCUCUUUUAUAUCAGUGUUGUUUUCCAAUGACUUGUAAUGCUCACAGAUCAACUAUAUACAUUGGUGCAAAUCUUCACACAUGGUUGCAUUGUAUUGUCUUCUACCAACAGGUAAAUAAAACUUAAUACACCCAGAUCAAGUAGCUCUAGACCAGAACCUUAAUGCCUUUUCACGUUGUCUUUGGUGCCACUUAGCCCUUGAUAUUCGUUUUUCUCCCCAGUAAAAUGUGUAAUAAUUUGAUGUGUUUCUCAUGUAUAAUUACCUUUUUUCUCUCUCAAUAUAUCUCUCACUCUUUUGUCAGCCUUACUGUUCGGGGGUGCUAAAUCCUGAUAAAUUAAAGCUCUUUAAUUAUUUAAACCCUG